UACUAUUAGAAAAAGUUGAUCGACGACGAUUUAUCUGCUCAUCCGUAGCGACGUCAAAAUCACGUUGGUGCCUAUCCUCCCACCACCGCUGAACUCGGCCACGACCGCGUCGCCGCGCCACGUGUACGGCGGCGAUAGGACCGGCCAGGAGAGUCAGAAGAGAGGGGCGGGAGGAGGAAGGAGAGAGACAGAGAGCAAUCGAUUGCCGGAGCAGCGAGCGUCCGUACGGUCCGCGGCGAGCUCUGCUGCUGCACGUCGUCGGCCGCCGGCGGGGAGGAGGAGAUGCGGGCCCGAGCCGCCGACCACCUCGAGGCGCUCUCCCUGGAGAUCGAGCGCAAGCUGCAGAAGGCUCUCAACUCCAAUUCUCAGCGUCUUCAGCUACUGCGGCAGCUGUUUGCUGAUAUCGCAUUGAAGGUGGAUGACCGCGCUCGAGAUGUGAUUUUAAGCACGAAUGAUGAUGGUAUUGCUCCAGUAGAUGAUCGAGAAGAUACCCGUUUGUGCUUCUAUGAGAUUCUUGCUAACCAUUUUGUUAGAGUACCUGAAAGUGGGAGGCGUAUACUUGACUUGAUAGUGCAACUCUGGAGCCAGUCUUUUGCAUCCAACAUAUUUGCACUUCUUUUCCACAGAUGGUUGUUUGAAGUCCCUCUUGAUGGGAAGGAGGUAUCACUGAGAUACAGCUCUGCUCUUGUUCAAGGAGCUACUAAUGUUUUUUGGAUCGACAUCCAAACCAAUACAAGACACUUUCUCUCACUAUAUAAUUAUCUCCUUAAAGAGGUCGCUUUAGUCCCAAAUCAACUGAGUAAGAUAUCAGUACAGGCUGGUAGAAAUCUUUUCCUCCUCCUCUCGAGAUUCAUGCUGUUCUAUGAUCAAGAUCACAUGCUUCCAAGUUUCCUUGAGCAUUUUCCUACUUUUCCAAAUUCUUUCUUGGUUGGUGGCCCAGCAGAUUACUUUGUAAUUGAACUCACUGAUCAGCUUCAGAAGCUAAAAGUCGAGCCUGUGCUUCUUCACUACCUCUCCCGCCUGACCAUCCUUCAAGGAUUGGAAUUGAGGAUGAGUACAAGCACUAGAUUGAAGGCGUGCCUUUACAGCUUCACUUCUCCUGGAGGUCCUACUUACCCUACACGAGCAGUAAGGCAUGCAGCCUGGGAUACACUGGAUUUGCUUUUUCCUGUUGGUCGCUAUCCAAGGCAUGUGAUAAGCCUGUUCUUUCGGCUUCUCUAUCCGUGGUACUGGCCUUCCUCUUGCUGGAACUUUAUCAUGACUUGCAUCAAGACUGUCUACUACUACAUCCUGAACCUAAUUGUCUCGAGCUGGGAGAACAUGAGACGACCCAACCACCAAAGGAUGCACAAGGAAUGAAGAAAUGGAAGCCGAAUCAAGGCUAGCAAUAGUUUUUUUGUGUUGUUGUUAUCGUCCACUUCCUUUUCCUUUUAUUUUCAGUAAUAUCCCUCUAGCUCUUGUAUUUGUUCAAAUGACGUUUCUUGUAUAAAUUCGCCUGUUUGUUA